AAGGACCAUGCUGUCAUGUGCCGGUGUUAAAGAGAACUUGAACUUCCAGGCGAGCAGGUCGAGAGGGGACGAUGUCUCUGGAUUGUAUCUGAUUUAACUUACAUACACGUCUAUCUAAUGCUAUCACUGUGGAGAUCUAGUUGAGCCCGAAUGGACCUUAUAGUAAUUGCAUAACUAAUCGGCUGUCUUUUUAGAAGAAAAACAAAAAAACGUUUCAGGACACUUAAAAAUGUCCCUGAAGAUCGCAGGACUGGAUUUAGGAGAGGACACAGGAGUUCCAGAUUUAAGUACGGAACUAAGUAAAGACUAAACCAAGUUUAAACCAGGCAGCUUGUGAUGACUUCUCAGAGCCUUCAAUCCAACAUGGAUAAUAUAACCCCAGUUCAACAGAUGAUGGCUUCCUGUGCUGGGGCUUUGAUUACAUCAUUGUUUGUAACUCCUUUCGAUGUCGUAAAGACCAGACUCCAGGCACAGAAGAAUCCUUUUACCAAAGGUAAAUGUUUUGUGUAUUGCAAUGGCCUGAUGGAUCACAUAUGUGUGUGUGAAAACGGGAACGGGAAGGCUUGGUACAAACCCCGGGGUCAUUUCAACGGCACCCUGGAUGCCUUUAUCAACAUUAUCCGCACGGAAGGGUUCAAGUCGCUGUGGAGUGGUCUUCCUCCAACACUAAUCAUGGCGGUUCCAGCUACCGUCAUCUACUUCACCGCAUAUGACCAGCUCAAUACAGCUCUCAAGCCCUGGUUAGAGGACAGGGAAGACCUGGCACCGGUAAUAGCUGGAGGAACAGCUAGAGCGGGCUCCGCUACUUUGAUCAGUCCAUUAGAGCUGAUGCGAAUUAAGCUGCAGUCAGAAAGGCGCUCGUACAGAGAGCUGAGCUCUGUGAUCCGCCUGGCUGUCCAUAGUGAAGGCUGGCUGUCUCUCUGGAGGGGACUCGGGCCCACGCUGUUCAGGGACAUACCAUUUUCAGCCAUGUACUGGUAUAACUAUGAGAAAGGUAAAGCCUUGCUGUGUCAGUACAACAAGACGAAUGAGGCGACGUUCGGCAUGGCCUUCAUCUCAGGAGCGGUGUCCGGAUCUAUUUCUACAACUCUAACGAUGCCGGUGGACGUGGUGAAGACCAGGAGGCAGGCGGAAAUGGGUGAACUCCGGGCUAAGACAUCGUCGCCUCAAACCUCGUUUUCAACCUUCAGCGUGAUGAAAAGCAUCAUGCGAGAGAGCGGCGUCAAAGGACUCUUUGCAGGGUACCUGGCUCGGAUGAUGAGAGUGGCUCCGGCCUGCGCUAUAAUGAUAAGCACGUACGAGUUUGGCAAGGCCUUCUUCCGCAAAUACAAUGAGAAGGAGAGAAUGGGUCUCGCCCUGUACACGACCAACAACUAAUCCUUCCAUCAUGUGUCACACUCUAUUACUUUAAAUAUGCACACACAUUUGCUUCGCCUGGGAUCCAAACCCAUGUUGCAAACAUUCACCUACUGUAGUUAUAAUGCAUCAUGAAUACGCUGAAUAAUGUAGAUACAGAUUUGGAUGAGUUUCAUGUGUGUGAAGAAAGUUCGCACCUUAACUUCUAGUUAUUUUCUUGCUUGAAAAUAAAAAUCCAACUUUCACUAUGAUGAAAACCAUGAUUGACAAUUACACAGUACAGCGUCUAUUCAGUGCAGUAGACAAGGAAUAAUACUCAAUAUUCUGUUACAGUAAGGAGUUACAUACUGGAGAUACAGUACAGUAUUAAACUUCAGUUUGAUCAUUAGAUAUGUUUUAUCUAAUUCUUAUGUCUAGUUCUAAUAGAUUAGCCCCUCCAUUAUAGACACGAUUUUAUAUUAUUCCUAUAGCAAAAACAAAUGUUUUUAUAAAAUCUAUUUUAAGCUAUCCAGGUGAGAUUACACUCAAGCUUAACAAGUUUAUCAUGUUCUUGUCAUUUUUUUAAAACAUGAUGUAAAUGUAAUUAAUUUAAUCUAUUAA